AUGACGGGUACUGUAAAAAAAAAACCAGUAGUCAUUGGUAAAAGUAAGCAACCAAGAUGUUUUAAAGGUGUCAAGAACUUACCUGUUGACUACUUCAGCAAUACAAAUGCUUGGAUGACAUCUUUUAUUUUUGAAAGUUAUUUGAGAAAAUGGGAUUCAACACUUGAUCACAAAAUCGCUCUAAUUUUGGACAAUUGUACAGCGCAUCCCAACUUUUCUUUAAAGAACAUUGAACUGGUAUUUCUUCCUCCCAAUACAACGUCUUUAAUUCAGCCCCUUGAUCAGGGUAUCAUCAAAGCUUUUAAGACUUUUUACAGGUCCGAUAUGAGAAGGCAAAUUAUUGACGCAAUCGAUGACGGACAAGGGAAUGGUAACGACAUAGCUAAGAACAUGACAGUGCUACAGGCAAUUCACAUGUCACACAAUGCUUGGAUGAAAGUUACAACUUCAUGUAUAGUGAAUUGCUUUAAAAAGUCUGGUAUGGUUCCCAUAACCACGAAUGAAGCCCUUGAACUCGAUUUACCCGAUGUACCAGUAGAUAUUUCAGGACUCCAGAUAGACAAAGAGACCUUCAAUGAGUGGCUGGAUGUAGAUAAGGACUUACCAGUUUUUCAAGUGAUGAAUGAUGACGAAAUAGCUGCUGAAAUAGUUUCACAUAAGGAACAGGGAAAUGAUGUUGAAGUGCAUGAUGAAGACGAAGUUGAAUAUGCAGAGGACCGAGUACCAGUAACCAGGAGUGAAGUAUUCAAUGCAAUUAAUACACUGAGAAGAGCUAUUGAAGAGCAUGACAUAGUGAUUUCCGGUUAUAGUGAUCAAAAUACUCUCGGACGGAUGUGA